UGAAGCGCAAGAUGAAACGUGAAGUUCUUGUAUUUCAUAUUUUGUUCGUAUUAGUAGUAGUAUUAUGGUCGUUAGUGUAAUACUGGUAGUACUUGUGUUAAGGUAGGAUAUGUUUUUAACUAUAAACAAUAACUUACACUACAGUUCAAUAUUGACAAGUUAUGGACAGAUGUGUAAUAAUAGUUAGUAUUUUGUGGGAGUAUAUUGGGAGAGAGUGAUAAUUGGUGAUCUUAAAAUUUUGUGGAUGGCUCUGUUGUGCAUAUGUACAUUCAGAUACAACCUAUAGGCUGUACUUAUUCACUUAUUAAUCUGUCAAAAUUUUUUGAGGAACUGUCUUAUGCAGAUGAUGAAGUUAUGGAUUUGAUAUACUUAAUUUUUCAAAGUGUUAAGGUAAUCACAUUGGUAGGGAUUGGUAAAACAUUAGUAAGUUGGAUUGAAGGAUGGUUGUAUGAGAGAAUGCAAAAAGUUGUUAUUAAUAGAGUCCAUUCAAACUGGACCCUUUUUGUUAACUGAAUACCUCAGGGGUCAGUGCUUGGGCCUUUGGUUUUUUGUACCUAUGAUAAUAUUAAUGGGGACAUAAAUAACGAAUUAAUAAAGUUUGCAGAUGACAAUAAAAUCUGUGAUAUUUCUAACUGUAUUGAGGUACUUUAGAAUGACUUUGAUCAAGUCUUUAGUUGGACUUAUACUUGGGAAUGAUCUUUAAUUAUAAUUAUACAUACUUACCAACUCUCACGAUUUAGGUAGGAGUUUCUCGAAUUUGGACCUUUAACCUGAUCUAUGAUCAGGUUUUAAAAAUUGGUCAUUUCUACCAAUUUCGGGCAUAUACACAGAUUUUUUUUUUCUGGAAAUUACCAAUUUGUGUAACUAUAAUUAACAUUUUUGUACAUUAAACCAAACGUGAUUGUUCGUGUGCUUGUAAAUUGCUUGAUUUGCCAUGAGUUACAUAAAUUCUCCCCCAUGGGAAUUUUGAAAAGUUGGCAAGUAUGAUUAUAGUGAAAGAUGAUGCAGUUGGGUUACCAUAAUUAGGAUUACACAUGUAAUAUAGAUAGGAACCCACCUAACAGCAUGACUAAAGAAAAUGAUCUUGACACAGUUAUGGUUAAGUCACUCAAGCAAUCAAGUUGGGGCUUUGUUUGCAGUAUCAAAACUAACAAAAUUUUAGUGUGUUAAUAGACUUAUUAAUUACAUUUGUAUAACAGGUGAUUAUUUUUUUAUAUAAAUUGAUAGUUAGGCCUCACUUGAAUACUAUGUACAUUUUUUGUCUGAGAAAGGAUGUUAAUUUAUUGGAAAGAGUUUAGAUAAGGGCUACUAAAAAAAUUCCAGCAACAGAAAGUUUAAAUCUUAUGAGGAUAGGUUAAUAUCUCUUACCUUAAUGUUUCUUGGGAAAAGAAGGGUAAAAGAUGAUCUUAUUGAAGUUAACAAGAUUAUCUGGAGGAUUACUAGGAUAAAGGCCUCUGAAUUCUUGGUGUUAUAUUCUGAAGACAACGUGAUGAAAGGACACAAGUUUAAGAUUUGGGAAAGACAGGGCUGCAAAGACAUAGCAUUUACCACCAGAAAACGUUGCUAUAAUUCUAUAGGCAAAAUGUUUUCCAAACUUUUGUUUUGGAUAUUUCUUGCAAACUAUCUAUCUCUCAGUCUGGCUGGUGCUAAGCAAGAAAAUUAUUUUUUAACAGAUUAUUGUCAGUUAAACAGUCAAGAUCCUGCAGUUUUAGUCUUAUCCAAAAAUGGCCAGUACUCAGCUGGCACACUUAAACUUGCACAAGUCCUCACUGGCCAACCAUUUUAUAAAGCAGGUAUGAACUGUUCUUUAAUACUUUGUGCUCCAGUAGGAUACCAGCUGCUACUAACAUUCUCAUUUGUUAACAUAAGAUCCUGUGAGUUUGAUGAGUUAUUAGUGAUCACUGGUCAGUCCAACCAAACAAAUUAUAGUGAUCCCAUAUGUGGCCAGCACAAGUGCCAUGAUGAAGACUGUCCAGAGCUGGAUUUUGUGUCCACUCUCAAACUUCCUAACAUAACCGUGAAGUUUCAGAGUUCCACAGAAGGAAAUAUCACUUUUAAUUACACAGGAUUUGAAGCCACUUUCACUGUGUUUGAUUCUGUGGACAAUGUCACUCACUCCUGUGAAGGAAGUGAACGUUUCCGGUGUAACAAUGGACGAUGUAUAUGGCAAAACUUCUACUGCAAUGGACACAAUAAUUGUGGUGAUCGAAGUGAUGAACCUUUCUACUGUCCACAUCCAGUUACAACUACACAGACCAUAUGGGGAGUGGUUGUGAUUGUUUUUGGCAUCACCAUGAUUUGUUUUUUCGUUCCAUUGUUUAUAUUCCUGGCUAUUUGUGGUAGUAGGAGUUCCAUCACCACUACAACAUCUUUCUUUGAACCAAAUGAACACUGGCCAGGAAUUAACGACAGUGGGAUUUGUUCCUCUUUAUCUGAUCCUGAUACAGCAAAAUCCAGCAAAUCUGACCAAAGUGGAUCUCUGCCGAGCCCAACAGAUGCAUCAUCAACUACUGUCAGCAAUGAGAAAGAUUCAGGAGUACCAGCUAUGGCUGCUUUUAGUAAGGGAAAAAAUGUUCCUUACAAAACUCACGAUAAAGUGAAAUUGAUUCCUGAAAAUACUUUAGAUUAAUGUAAAUGUUAAAACUAAAAACCUUUUACAUACAUAGUUUGUUCUGGAACCAAGUCAUUGCUUUGUUAGACGUAAUGUCAUAUACAUAAGUACCUUUAAAACAUAAUGUUAGAGGACCAUUCUCUCUGGAUGUAAAACUUAAUUCAUAUGAAAGAGGAAAUUAUGAAAUUUUCAAAUUGUAGAAUUUCAAUAUUCUUACAGUUUAAUGUACAGUAACACACAAAAUAUAUACCACAAAUAAAACAAAAUAUUCUAUUAGUUAAUGUAUUUUUUAAGAAGUUUCAUAUGAUAAUGAGAACUGGUCUUGAUGAGGUGAUAUGUUUUUUUUGAGCCAUAUGGCUUUUAUAUAAUAUUUAAAAAAACUAAGGUAUUCUGUUAUUCUUUAUGAUUAAGAAUUGUCACGAAUUAUUUUUUGCAAAUGGUGAUUGGUCUGAAGCAGGACACAUACCUUGUUUAAAAUCUAAUUAUUUUCUACAUGUUUAGCAUUAUAUUUCUUGAAUAACAGCCUAUGCUGCAAAUUAAUUAACGAAAUGCAUGAUUUUAAAAUGAUGCAAUAUCCAAAGUAGUGUAUUGGAGGAUGUGGAGUCAAGAGAAAAAUUUACUAAUCGUUUCAGCCAAAGAAAUUUUACAAAUACGACAACAAAAAAUGAGUGACACUGAAGAUAAAUCAUAAUAAAAUGCAUGGAAUCAUUGAAAUAAUAUUACAGCUUUCCUUCCAGAGUUGAGAGAGAGAAUUAUAGAACAGUACAUAUAUUUUUCCAAUAACUAUAUUAUUGGUCACUCAAUUUUUAUAUAUGUGCAGAUGUUUGGAAUAAAUUAUCUAUAGUAUGCAAAAGUCAAGCUUUGAGGUGUUGCAAUAGUCCAUCCAUGUAUAUAUAUAUUAACAUAUAAGUAUAAAAUAUUGGUCUGAUAUAUUCUUUUUACACUGAAACAUUUCCAUUUCAUUUUGUAUAAAUCAUGUAAAUGUGAGGAACAUUCUUCCAGUAGAUAUGCAGACAUGUAUGUUUUACUGAUAAACAAUCAGUUGUUCUUCCCUUGUGAUUACAAACUAUAUAGUAAUUUUUUGCUUUUUUUUUUUAUAGGUAUUACUGUGUUGUUGAUAUUUGUUUUUAGAGAAACUGAUCUUCAUAUAGUGGUUCCCUUGAAAUAAAGCUGGUGAAGCGUAGGAAGCCGGUAGGCCUAAUAUUUAUGUAAACAGCAGGCAGAUGUUAUAUUCUUUCACAUUCCUCUUAAUUUGUCUAUUUUUGACUGCGAGUCAAUGUUAUGUAAAAAUAGCAUUUUAGAUCUAUCUUUUGUCUCCUGCAAGCCAUUGCCCAAGAGAUCCUUUGUUCAGUAGCAGAACUUGUUAGUUGGGCUGGAUGAUGAGACAAACAUUUUCCUGAAACUGUUUAUAUACGUGGUUACAUCUUGGGUUAUUGUGAUUCCAGCAUUUGAAUCACACUCUCAAACUGUUACGUGUUUAUAUAUUAACAUGCUGGUUUUAAUAUUUCUGACUUUUAAUUAGUUGCAUUACGAAGCCCAGUAAAUUUUUCACUGCUUACUUUUCUUAACUGCUAAUCAUGAAACCUAAAUACAAAAAAUUGUAAAAGGUUAAUAAUUACAUUUUUAAUAUAAAAGUAAAAACAAUUUGAAUACUUUACGUAGUAUAGUUUGCACACUAUACAGUAGGUCAAAUCAAGUGUGUGAUAUUGACCACAAGAGCACGUAUUCUAUAUGAAUUUCAUUCAUGUGCUUCCAGGAUUUGCUUAUUGUCAGACUUUUAGUGUUUCCACAUGGUGGUUUUUUUGUGUGUGUGUGUGUUGUUUUUUUUACCAUAGUUUUGGUAUUUUCUAUGAAACGUGUUGAUGGUUAAUAAGAAAGCAAAAUGCCAGAACCUGCUUUUAUAUUUUAGUGCUGUAUAUUCAUUAUAUCUGUAAAGGAUUAAUAACUUAUAUAUGAAAAUAAUAAAUUAAUGCCUAGAAAAUAGUUCUUAAGUGUAAGCAAGAACAUUUGAUUUUUACAAAUAUGUAUUUAGAAACUAUAGAUUUUUUUUUUUUUUUAAAGUUUGUGAGAAAGUAGUGGUAAUGAAAAUUUCAUUUCAUUAGUCUUAUCAAUGAGUUAAUUUCCUCAGGACUAGUAAUUUUUUAAAAGAUUUAUUUGAUAUAAUUAAUCAAACAUUUUCUAACAAUUUUCACUCGCAGAAGUUAUGACCACUGAGUAUUUAGUAGGAACUUGCAAUUUUGAUAUACAUGUUUUAAACAAAAACGGGAAAAUGUUUAGUUUGUAGAAUUUACAUUACAUGUACAACUUUUUCAGGUAUGAAUUAUCCUCUGCUCUACACAUUGCACAAGUACAUGAAAGCUUUUUUAUUUUAGUUAUUUAGCCAUCUCAGGAGAAUAUGGACUUGCGUGAUCAAGGGUUUUUCCUCUUGUUUGAAAACCUCUUAUAGGUAUUUUCAACAUCCUUUACCAUUAAAACUAGUGUGGAAAGAGAACCAAUUACCGGGAUGUAAUUUAACAACAUGUAUCGAACCUAAUUCAUCCUGUUGUGUUUACGUUGAAAUAAUACUGAGUAAACAUAAUACAGUUGUUUAGGGGCAUAACUGUAAAACAAGAAAACCCAGCUGAAACAAAAGUCAGUUGACAAUCAUAAAAAAAUAUAGAAAUUACCUGUAGACUUUUUAUUUAUUAUGCCAUUUUGUGGAGCUAAGGGUGUCCCAUUGCCACAAAAAUAGGCUUUUCAUUUCAGGGUCAUGAGUGUGUUAUGAGACUGAUGAUGAAAUCUCACUAUUCUAUCAGAGCAGCCCUAGAGUUAGUGAUCAGUGUUGUUAAAUAGCUGCCUUCCCUCUGGUGUGUCAGUUCAAAAUUAGGGAUGGCUAGCACAGAUAGCCCUUGUGCAGCUUUGCACAAAUUUCCAAGAAAAUCAUUAGAAAGUAUCUAUAUUCUCAAAAUCUAUUACUAAGAGCAUCUUCACAUAAUAGAAUUCAUAAUUAUGCCUCAAUCUUCACACAAUAGAAUUCAUAAUUAUGCCUCACAUGUACAGAAACAAUCCCUGAGAAGUUGUAAGUAAGGAACAGUUUUAACAACUGUGGUAGUACAGUUGGUUGUAACUAAAGUGAAUUGAGGAGGUGCAGCAUUGUAUCAAGAUAUACAAAUCACUGUACAAUGUAUAAUAAUUCAACAAGUUAGGAAAUAUUUUUUUAUUCUCAGCAAAAUUCUCUUGUAAUAAUUCAUUGAAACUUGUAAAACAUUUCAGUUUAAGAUAAAAAAAAAAGAGCUUGCGAGACUUGCCAAGUGACCACAUAUUAUUUGAUGAAAAUAAAAGAUUAUUAGUUUUGUCUAUCAUUACUGUGAUUAGUUUGCACAGAGAAUAUGUAAAAUGAGUUGUAUAUAGUGACCAAGAUAUUAUUAUAUACCUGCAUGAACAAAUCAGGUUUAAUUAUUGUUAUAUUAUAAUGGCUGUGCCUUUAACUUCUUUACACUACAGAUAGUCAAACAACCAGAGUGCAUUGGUUUCAUAAUUUAAUAGCAAACACAUAAAUAUGUAUUUAUAUGUAACUGAUGUAGCUUUCUAAAGACAGGUUACAUUUUAUUAUUAAACACAAUUAAAUAGUAGUUACAUUGUGUGCAAGUUAAACAUGAGCAUUUGUACAUAAUUGAAUAAUUAGAGUUGUUUAAACAUUUGUUUAAAAACAAGUUAAAGCUUG